AUGUUUGGAAAUUAUGGGAUGAGGUCCAGCCAACAACAAUUGACCAUUGCAGUUGGUAAAGUUCGCGAAGAUGUUGAGCGUGCGGCUUUGGUUGUGCGUGCUUCUUAUGAGGCUGGGCUUAAAGCAUUGAGAUCUAGGGCUCACCCUGGGGAUGUUGCGGAAGCUAUGUUGGAGCCUUUGCGGGAGGCCGACGCCUCGAACAAAGGGUCGCAGAUUCGCAGCCUGAAUCCGAUUUUGGCCAUUUGCAGCUGCGAUGUGGAUUUGGCACAAGUCGGAAUAAGCAACAAAUCGCCUCAACUGGACGCUACCUACGUUGGCUGA